CUGUCCAAACCGCUCACAAAAACCUUAGCGCCUAAACGCUCACAACUCGCUACACUUUCACAGUCACAACUUCAGCCAUGGAAACUCUGCAAGGAUCCCUCCCACAACUCCCUCAUACCAAAUUCGAACCAGACACUGAUAAAAUCAAACGCAGGCUCAACAAUGGAGGCGUCUACCCAACUCCCAAGAUAGUCCACACCAUCCGCAAGAAAGAAAUUCAAAAGCACAACCGCAAGCUCAAUCGCCUCGCAAAGGCCGACCCGUCGUCCCCACCUCUCUCUCAGUCCCAAAAACAAGCCUUGGCGGACGAAACCCAUUUCCAAACUCUCAAGCACGAGUACAGGGACUUCACCAAAGCGGUCAAAGCGAAGACUGGUGACGGUGAAUCCAUGGUUGGCCGGCCAUGGGAGGGGAUUGAGAGAAUUGGGUUCCGAGAGCUUGCGAGUACGAGUGCAGAGUAUGUUGGAGAGAAGCUGAAGAAGGAGGAGCUGAAAGCAUUGAGGGAAAUGUUCGAGGCUCGGAAGCUUGACGACUUGAAAUGGGUCUUGGAUGAUGAUAUUGGGCUGAAAGAAGACUGGAUGGAUGGUGAAAAUAGGGUCUGGGACCCGGCUAAGCGGAGGAGACGCGGCGAGGGCGAGGUGAUUCAGUUUCUUGUUGACAGACUUAGUGCUACAGAGUUUUCCAUGAAGGACUGGAAGCUUUCAAAAAUGAUGAAACAAUCAGGGUUGCAGUUCACUGAGGGUCAGAUGCUUAAGAUUCUUGGAGGGCUCGGUGCUAAGGGAUGUUGGAAACAUUCGGUGGCUGUUGUGGAAUGGGUAUACAAUGAUAAGGGCAAUAAACAUUGCAAAAGCAGGUUUGUUUACACAAAACUUUUGGCAAUUCUUGGGAAGGCACGAAGGCCCCAGGAAGCUCUUCACAUUUUCAAUCUGAUGCUUGUGAUGUCUUGUUCUUUUGUAACCUUAUAUUUUCAAAUCCUCCUUGAUAGUUUGUACAAUUUUUGUUGGAUAAAUUCUUACAACCAUUUCAUUCAGGGAGAUUUCCACAUAUAUCCUGAUGCUGCUGCCUACCAUAGCAUUACAGUUACACUUGGUCAAACUGGUCUUCUGAAGGAAUUGUUGAAAAUUAUUGAAAGCAUGAGACAGAGACCUUUCAGAAGCAAUAAAAAUAUGUUCCCCAAGAACUGGGACCCUGUCGUUGAACCCGAUGUCAUUGUGUAUAAUGCUCUACUGAAUGCUUGUACUCAGUCCCAUCAGUGGAAGGGUGUAUCCUGGGUGUUUAACCAGUUGAGAAAGAGUGGUCUGAAACCUAAUGGAGCAACCUAUGGACUUGCUAUGGAGGUAAUGCUGCAAUCUGGAAAGUAUGACCUUGUGCACGAGCUCUUCAGGAAAAUGAAAAACAGCGGUGAAGCUCCAAAAGCUCUUAACUACAAAGUUCUUGUCAGAGCUUUUUGGUGUGAAGGAAAAGUCAACGAAGCUGUGGAAGCAGUUAGAGAUAUGGAACAAAGGGGAGUGGUUGGAACAGGCAGUGUAUAUUAUGAGUUAGCUUGCUGCCUUUGCAACAAUGGUAGGUGGCAGGAUGCUCUGGUAGAGGUUGAGAAGAUGAAAAAUGUAUCAAACACUAAACCUUUGGAGGUCACUUUCACAGGCAUGAUAACGUCUUCCAUGGAGGGUGGGCAUAUUGAUAGUUGCAUAUCUAUAUUUAAACACAUGAAAAACCGUUGUGCCCCCAACAUAGGGACCAUAAAUACAAUGCUGAAAGUCUUUGGACGUAGUGAUAUGUUUUUCAAAGCUAAAGAAUUGUUUGAAGAAAUCAAGACUGUUAGAGCUGAGUCUGAUUCUUCACUAGAAGGUGGUGGUACUUUGGUUGUCCCUGAUCAGUACACGUAUACGUCAAUGCUCAAGGCAUCUGCCAGCGCUCUGCAAUGGGAAUACUUUGAAUAUGUGUACAAGGAGAUGGCUCUAUCUGGAUAUCAAGUAGAUCAAACUAAACAUGCAUCGCUAUUUGUGAAAGCAUCCAGAAGUGGGAAGUUUUAUCUACUAGAGCAUGCAUUUGACACGAGUUUGGAAGCUGGAGAAAUUCCCCAUCCAUUGAUCUUUACUGAAAUGGUAUUUCAAGCUACAGCUCAACAUGAUUAUAAGAGAGCCGUAACCCUGGUCAAUGCCAUGGCUUAUGCUCCAUUUCAAGUCAGCGAAAGACAGUGGACAGACCUUUUCGAAAAAAAUGGAGACACAAUCACUCAGGAUGGCUUAGAGAAACUGUUGGAUGCUCUACACAAUUGUGAUGUAGUAUCGGAAGCCACCGUCUUAAAUUUAUCAAGAUCAUUGCUUCGUCUUUGUCGGUCUUACAGAUCAAGAGGCUUAUCAAGUUCCGCCCCUUUUGGCAGUGGAGCCACAGAAACAUCAUCCUUGGAUGGUGAUAAUGAGGAAAUUUAUGGUAAUGGAAUUAUGCCAAAUCAUUCUUUAGAAUCGAUUGAUGGUAGCCAUAACCCUAGGAGGGAGCCUCUUGAUAAGAGUACCAAUGUUCCUUUGGAUGCAUUUUCUGUUAAUCAUGCUACCACCAGAAGAGAUGUUGAUGCUGUUACAAGGACAGUGUCUAGGUCAUCAGAAUAUAUUUCUGAUGAAGAUGGUGAAUACUCAACAGAAAUCGAUGAGGAAAUUGAAGCACUGAUUUAUAAAGAUGUUGAUGAUUCUCAUGACUCAGAUUUGCCCUCAGCACCUGAAAUACUGAAAGUGUGGAAGGAAAGAAGGAAAGAAGCAAGGGAUAGUCUUCCUCUUUCAACUUGGGCAGAAGUAAAUUGAGGUUUUUUUUAAGCCAGAUCCCUUUAGAAGGGUAAGCAACUCAUAUUUCUAUUUAGCCCCUUUUUGUCAUUGUGUAUAUAGGAAAAGUAUUUACUAAGGUUCUGCCGUGUCUCGUUUGCUGCAAAAAGGGGCUAUGAAAGCCAACAACUUAAACUUCAUGUUAUUUUUUCCUUUGGAAAUACCAAAAUACGCCCCAAAGAAAGCCAACAACUUAAACUUCAUGUUAUUUUUUCCUUUGGAAACAUUUCUUGUGUAUUAUUUGA